CAUACUGUACGACUUACUGCGAGCUUUAAAAUAAUCAAAAUGGCCGACGAAGUAAUUUUAGAGUAUCUUCAUAUGGAAAUAAUUAGUCAGUUCUAUAGAUCUUGUGAAAAGUCUGAUCAGGACCAGUGCAUUGCAAAGCUGGAAUCCCUAGGUUUCAGAAUUGGUCAGAGUUUAGUGGAAAGAUUUACAAAAGACUUUCCAAGGUUUAAAGAUGAGUUAGAUACCAUGAAGUUUGUGUGCAAGGAUUUCUGGAAUUAUGUGUACAAGAAACAGAUUGAUAAUCUUAGAACAAAUCACCAGGGAGUCUAUGUUCUCCAAGACAACAGAUUCAGAUUUCUUACCCAGAUAUCAAAUGGGAAGCAGUACAUGGAGUCAGCCCCUAAGUUUUUAGCAUUGCCCUGUGGUAUGAUACGAGGGGCCCUCUCCAAUCUGGGGGUCAACUGUGUGGUGACUGCUGAAGUCAGUGCCAUGCCAGCGUGUAAAUUUCAGAUUCAGAUACAGAGAGUGUGAACUUAAGGAAUUGAUGAAAGUGUUUCUCUUACGAAAGAAUGUGCAAUAGAAAAUGAGACAAUGUGAUUAUUUGUAUAGGUGUUAUUUUGUGUUACAUUAUGUUUAUGUAAAUAAAUAAGAGUCUUAACGAU